GUCCAAUUCAGAUCCGCGACGACUUGCACCGCAAGCGUUGAAUAUCCCAGCUUCAUCAAUUCAACACAAACAUUUCACAAUGGCCGGACCUGGAAACAAAAAGAAGAGACAACACGACGGUCGUCUACAACGGCCCUCAAAGAAGCAAAAGAGAAAGCAACUCCGAGAUUACAACAGUGACUCUGAACCCGAGGAGGCGCAAGAGUUUGACGCUGUAAAUCUGCUUGAUUCAGAUGACGAUAUUCACAAUGUCAAGGUGGACGAUGUUGGCGACUCCGAAAAUGAAGUUUCAAGCUCAGAAGACGAGGACGCUGUAACAAAUAAGCCCCUGAAGAAGACAAAAACAAACGCCAAGAAUGCCAGAGACAGCAAACCAGAAGCCGAAUCCGACGAAGGGGAAGACGAUGAUGACGAUGAAGGGUCAGAUGAUGACGAUGAGGAUGGCGCGUCCACAAACAAACGCAAAAAGUCGAAGCGAAACGACCCCAAUGCUUUCGCAACAUCGCUCUCCAAGAUUCUCUCCACCAAGUUAUCAUCGUCCAAGCGAUCAGAUCCUGUCCUCGCCCGAAGUGCCGCAGCACACGAAGCCUCCAAGGCCGCUGUCGACAGCGCCUUAGAAUCUAAGGCGAAAAAGCAGAUGCGCGAGCAGAAGAAGCGAGCUUUCGAGAAGGGCCGUGUAAAGGAUGUUCUUAUCGCUACCACAAACGACGCCACUGGAGAGCUCGAGACAUCGACAUCCGAGAUUAUGGAGACAGAGAGGAGGCUACGAAAGGUUGCGCAGCGUGGUGUUGUCAAGCUGUUCAACGCCGUUCGUGCCGCACAAGUCAAGGCUGUUGAAGCUGAGAAGGGUGUGAAAAAGGAGGGUGUUAUCGGUAUGAAGAAGCGAGAGGAAAAGGUCAAUGAGAUGAGUAAGAAGGGAUUCCUGGAAUUGAUCGCCUCAGGCGGCGGUGGGUUAAAAAAGGGAGCGCUUGAGGAGGCGUAAUAUCAUUUCAGUGUGUUCAUUUCUUUCUUUCGUUUAAGAGGAGUAGUGGAAUCAUCAGGCCGUGCUCUUCCGGCCUUACAACUAAAUGUCACAACAAAGAUACCCCGUAUGAUGCACCUGAAUCC